UUUUUUUGCUUCAAAGGUUUCUUUUUUUAAACCUCAGGACGUCGAUUCCUCUCUCUCUCUCUCUCUCUCUCUCUCUCUCUGUGAAUUUUGAAUCCCUCAUUCGUUAAUUUUGUGGUCUCCUUCUUUAAGUUAGCUUGUGUGGAUGUAUCUAACGACUCUCAGAUCCUUCCUUUCUUUGACUUGUUUCACAGCCUGACAGCUCCUGUCUGAAAUUAGGGCUUUUUCCCCUUCUCUUUGGGUCUGUCUGGAGCUCGUUUGCUUGUUCAAGUUCGUGAUUUGAGCAUCUGGGUUUCGAACUCUGUUGCUCCUGGAUCGUAAAGUAGGAAUUUUUCUCAGGUGUUUUUAGUCAAUCUGAUCUAAGAUAUAACCCGUUUUCGGGUUUUCGAGCUGAAUUCUCUUGUCUCCGUGUCGCAGAGGAAGAAGUUACUCUUGGUGAUGUUUAGAACAUGUUGAGAAAUGAGGAAUAAGUUCAUGAAAUGGGGGGCGUUUUCGGACGAUCUAUAUCCCCAAGCUCGGUGUCUGAAUCUGGACAAGAGAACAGCACAAGGAUCGAAUCUAAUAGGGAGGAAGUGAACGAUGUGUCAGUGACGAAAACCGAAACAGUGAGCAUUCAGGUUGUAGUUACUGAGUUCCAGAAUAGCGAGGCUGCGGUCGAGAAUGGCUUGACCAAGGAUCGAAAACCGGAAGAGGAAAGGAGGAGAAUAUCAAAGCCAGAUCCGAGGAAGAGCAACCCGCCAAAGCAUUUGCUCGGAGAGCAGGUGGCAGCCGGUUGGCCGCCAUGGCUAUCAGAUGUGUGUGGAGAGGCACUCAAUGGAUGGCUUCCACGAAAGGCAGACUCGUUUGAGAAAAUCGAGAAGAUUGGAUCGGGAACUUACAGUAGUGUGUACAAAGCGAAAGAUAUCUUGACGAGCAAGAUUGUUGCUUUAAAGAAAGUUCGGUGUGACAUUGUGGAACGCGAGAGUGUAAGGUUCAUGGCUCGGGAGAUUCUCAUGUUGCGGAGAUUGGAUCACCCGAAUGUCAUAAAACUCGAAGGUCUUGUCACUUCGAGGAUGUCUAGCAGUUUAUACUUAGUGUUCCAAUAUAUGGACCAUGAUUUGGCCGGUCUUGCAUCAAGCCCCGAUAUAAAGUUUACCGAGCAACAGGUUAAAUGCUAUAUGAAACAGUUACUCUCGGGGCUCGAGCAUUGUCAUAGCCGAGGAGUGCUUCACCGAGAUAUCAAAGGGCCAAAUCUCCUUAUAAACGACGAAGGAGAGCUUAGAAUCGGGGACUUUGGGCUGGCAACUACCUUUGAUCCAAACCGGAGGCAGCAGAUGACGAAUGGGGUCGUUGCCUUAUGGUAUAGAGCUCCAGAGCUUCUCUUAGGCGUCGUUGAGUAUGGCGUCGGUAUUGAUUUAUGGAGCGUCGGCUGCAUUUUAGCCGAGCUGCUCUCUGGCAGGCCGAUCAUGCCAGGUCGCAACGAGGUGGGGCAGUUGCAUAGGAUAUACAAGCUAUGCGGGUCGCCUUCGGAAGAGUAUUGGAGAAAGCUUAGAUUACCAUCACAUCAUAAGAACGUGUACAAGCCGCGAGAGUCGUAUAAGAGACGGGUAAGAGAGGUUUUCAAAGAUUUCUCGCCCGAGGCGCUUUCUCUCGUCGAUACUCUCCUGGAUAUUGACCCGGCCGGGCGGGACACGGCCUCGGCUGCACUGUUGAGUGAUUUCUUUACAACGGAGCCUCUUCCGUGUAGACCUUCCGAUCUUCCGAAAUACCCUCCGACCAACGAGAUCGAUGCCGAGAAACGAGAUGAUGAUUUCCGGAGACAAAGAAAUGCCCAAAAGGCUCAAGGAGAGAGUGGAGGAAGAGUGAGACCCCGAAAACGAGCCCCGAGAGCCAUGCCAGCUCCCGAGGCCAAUGCCGAGAAUCAAUCCAACAUCGACGGAAACCCGAAGAGCAAGAGCGAGAAGUUUCCUCCUCCGCAUCAGGACGGGACGCUCGGGUUUCUUCCCGAGGGUUGGAUCGAUCCCUCGGAGAUCACUUCAUGCUCAAACGAGCCGCCUCUCCAGAUGUGGUCGGGACCUCUGGCGACUCCCGACAUGUCCCGGAGGCGGAGACGCGGUGGCGGCGGCGAUCCGUCAGGGAGCAAGAAGGAUAUGAGGUUGGAUGCUAAGAUCAAGGGGAAGGGAGCCAUUGUCUGAGAGAGAGGGUUUCUUCCUCACAAAAGGUUUUCUUUGUCCAUUUUUCUCAUAUGUUUUUAUUUUAUUUUAUUAUACGAGGAAGUUUACAACUUUGGACUGAAUUGAGGAAAUUAUUUUUCUCUCUC